AUGCGCGAGCGCUCCCCGAAUGAAAUUGUGGUUGAGUUGACCUCAAUAGUGGCUGAGGAACCUUCUGUUCUCCGCCGAGAGAGUGUGAUCCUCACCAGUCGAGACGCUCUUGAAUUAGCCCAGGUGGGAAAGAGGGAGGUCCUCAAGCGGAGAUUCGGACUGGUCAGCACGGUGGGAUUUGCCUGCAGCCUGAUGCUCACAUGGGAGGCCUUUCUUAUUAACUUCGGCGUAGGGCUGCCAAAUGGAGGGCCGGCCGGUCUGGUCUAUGGGUAUAUCGCUGUGUGGAUUGGCUUCAUCAGCAUAUUUACCGCAUUGGGUGAGCUGGCGAGCAUGAUCCCCUCGGCCGGUGGGCAGUACCACUGGGCGAGUAUUCUUGCACCCGAGUCCUCAAAGCGAUUCAUCAGCCAUGUCACUGGGUCAAUCUGCAUUAUCGCCUGGACAGCUGUUCCAACAGGGGCGGUGUAUGUAGCCGGAAGCAUUUUGCAGAGUGCAGUUGCCAUGAAACAUCCAGAAUACGAACCUCAAGGCUGGCAUGUGACUUUGAUUAUGUGGGGAAUUCUGCUGAUCUGCGCAAUCCUAAACACCUGGCUCGGGAUGAUUUUGCCCGUGCUGGAGGUUUUCAUCGGCAUCGUCCACGUGCUUGGCUUUUUUGCAGUCCUCAUACCGAUCGUCUACCUAGGUCCCAAGGCUGACGCCAGGUCAGUAUUUGUCCAGACGUUCAAUGUCGGCGGUUGGCGAGAUAUCACGUUGGCCACGUUUGUCGGCUUGAAGGGAAUCAUGGCGGAGGAGGUCGCGGAUAGUACCAUGGUAGUUCCGCACUCGAUGCUGUUCGCGAUCGCCAUCAACGGAGUCCUUGGCUUCGCGAUGCUGAUCGCUUUCCUGUUUACGGCGGGAGAUCUGUCCGCCGUUCUCAAAUCGGACGCCCCGUAUCCCUUCAUGCAGAUCCUCGAAAAUGCCACCCAGAGCACGGGGGCUGCUAUCGUGUUCUCGAGCAUGACCGCGAUCAUGCAGGCCUGCUGCGGGCUCGGCGGGAUUUCUUCGGGGAGUCGCAUGCUGUGGGCCUUCUCGAGAGAACAGGCCCUUCCAGGCUGGCGGUGGAUUCUUCAGCUCAAUGAACGAACAUCAGUCCCAUUCCACAGCAUCUGUGUGAUCGUCGUCGCAGCCGGCCUCAUCGGCCUCAUCAACAUUGGCUCGUCGGUGGUGCUGAACAUCGUCCUCUCCCUGCUGAUGGAGGCGUUCUUCUUCUCCUAUGCCAUCCCUCUGUCUCUGCUCCUGUAUCGCCGAGUCAAAGGACACAUCUCCGAGCCGCAGCAAGGUGGGGGUGAUAACAAAGGCUUCGUCUGGGGCCCUUUCCGGGUGAGAGGGUGGCUAGGCAUCGCGAACAACAUCUUCGCGCUGGUCUUUUCGGGCAUCGUAGUCAUCUUCGGGUUCUGGCCUGCGAGCAGCCAUCCGACCCCGUCCCACAUGAACUACAGCGUGGCGAUCUUUGGCGGGGUGCUGAUCCUGGCGGUAGGGUAUUAUCUGGGAUGGGGAAGGAAACAUUAUAUGGGACCCUUGGCGGAGGUUGAAGUUACGGCGGGAUCCGUGGAACAAAGAAGAUGCGAGAGGGGUUUGUGA